AUGCACGCUCGUCACCGCAAUCCCGGAAAUGGGUACCGGUCUAAUUCCAUGGCUAUGGACCGAAUCGGAAUGGGUCGGAUCUCGCCGGAAACCUCACUCCGCGGCCACGGCUAUUACAACCACCACAACAACGAACCACCUCCUCGCAACAACGCCGCGGCCUACAACCGCGGCUUCGGCCGGUCGAAAUCGUUUCAACCGCCACCUCCGCCGCCGCCGCUGACAGCUCCGCCGCGGAAAGGUGAUGUUUUUAUGGACGCCGGCCGGAUGGCGGCGGAGUAUCUGGUGGCCCAGGGGCUGCUGCCGCCGAGCGUGCUUUCGGGGAAGUGGCAGAAGAAGCAGCAGGUGGAGUUUGAGGGUGAUCAAAUGCGAGAGGAUGGCCGAACGUCGGCGCUUUCCCGAUUAGGAAAUGUUUCGGACGGAGGUUACCGAAGAGGAAGGUUUGGAGUGGAUGAGUUCAGUAGUACUAAUGCGAGGAAUAAGGGGAGGAGGAGGAACCGGGGUGGGUAUGGGUCGGAUACCCGGCCCGAUUGGGGGAGGGAGUAUGGGAGGAGUGGGUCGUUUUCGGAUAGGCAUAGCCGGGCAGCCUCGUCUGAAGAUGACUCUGCUUCUGGGAGACAUGAGGAGCAGAAGGUGGGAAGAGAUGUGGGGAAUGCGUGGCAGCAGAAUGCUAGGGAGAGUGAGGAUGCAGUGGAUUCGGAGACGAAAUCGGAGAAGGAGGAUAUGAGCUCGAAGCCGAGUUCUUCUGGGGCUUGGAGAGACGGUGCAAAUGGGAGUGAUGGAGUUGCUGAAGUUAAUGUGGAACCCAGGAAGUUGAAGGAUGUAGAGAUGAAGGAUAAGGAUUGUGCAACCAAUGAUGAAACCGAGAAACAGAAUGCUGUGGAGGACUUGCCGGUUCAGGUUAAAGCCGAGGGGGAGGGCACUGAUUUGUUGAAGCUAUGUAAAUUUGCCAAGGUGCCUACUAGAAUUCGUUCGGCAUUGACCAGUAGGAGUUUGAAGGUUGAUCCCCAACCAAAUAUCCAAGAGGGAAGCACGUCGUCUGGCAUUGGUCUGCAACUGGGAGGAUCAUCUCAAGGUUUGGUCGAAAACAGUACUCUUGAUGUCUCCUCAGGUACCCCAGUAUUAGAUAACUCUCAUUAUGCAAGUUGUGUUGAUCGUGAAACUUCUAAAGUUGAGUCCAGUCAAUCUGUUGAGAAUUUGGUAGAAUCAGGUUCUGGAUUUGGUAUCGAGCAUAAUAAGUUUGAGAGGUCCCAGUCAUUACCUGAUAGAGCUUUUAUGCGUGAGAAUGAGCCUAAAGGGCCAGCAGGGCUUAGGAGUUUUAGCUUUGUAGUUAAUGACAGAGGUGAAAAGAGAGCUUUAGAAGACUAUGAUAAGCAGAUGGAAGCAAAAAAACCAAGAGAAUGGCUUCCCUAUGCAGAGUCAGAUGAUUGCUUCCAAAUUUCCAAUUUGAGCGAAAAGAAAGCAAGUCCAUUGGAGGACAACACUUCUCCUGCUGAAAAAGUGAUUGUUGCUGUUGAUCAUGACAGCUCUAUGGGAAAUGAUCCUCAGUUCCGAAAAGAUGGAGCUGAAAUUUGUAUUGACUAUAUGCAAGAGAAGCAGCUUUUUCCAAAUUCAUUCGACCUUAAUCUCAUGGAGGUUAGCGAUGCACAUGAGAAUCGUGAUAAUAAUCGUGUAAUAAACUACCCGGAUGUCUCUGGAGUGAAGAAAGAAGCAGCACCAGUUGAUAUUGACUUGUCAAUGAGUAACUGCAAUAUGUCUCGUGAAAGCAAUAGACGCACUGUGGAUGUCAAAGAGAUUGAAGUAAUUGAUUUAGAAAAUGACUCUACUCCUGAAGACAAGGCCUUCAAUAAUGCAGAAAGAAAGACAGGGACUGAAUUUAUACCUCUAGAUGGCUUUUCCAACCAACCAAAGAACUCUAGCGGUAUCCCUGAUGGCCAAGAUGGUUAUGGGCUAAUGAUCUCGGAAUUGUUGGGAAAUGAUUUCCCAACUUGUUCUUCAGUACCAGAGAAUCUUACUCCAAUGCCUAACGAUAUUGGUCUUCCUAAUGGAGAGGGGACUCUUGCAGAUGAUGAUUCAAUAUAUAUGGCUCUGGGAGAAAUACCAUUGACCUUCAUGAGUCCCUGGGAGCAGCCACCCCCGCAAGAGUAUGAGAAGCCCUUUUAAUCCGGCUAACUAUAGGACUUCUCAGAUGCAUGAUACAGUAUGCUUAGAAUUGGUCACUGGGGCUCCUUUUUACCCAUUUUAGCUCUAUCAAGUGGUUAGCUUCCUUUGAUUUGUUUGAUUUGGUUAUAGAGGGUGCAAGUAGAAUUUCCUCUGUUAGGAGGUUCAAGAAUGUUGUAUGCUUUUAAUUUCCUGUUUCACUUUGUUCUAAAAUGGAUACUGUAAUCAUGUUGACUGGCAGAAAUGGUUGAAGAAUCCAUUUGUUGCUUCUCUAUCCUUGACUCCUCAUUGACCCCAUGUAGAUUUUGCACCUAGUUCUUACAUUGAAUAUGUUAAUCAUGUUGACUGGGAGAAAUGGUUGAAGAACAAUUUGCUUGUCUAUGAACAUUCAGUUUUAUAAGAUGAUGCUAACAAUUAGUCUGGGGUGUUACACAGUAAUAAUCAAUUUUUGUGUGGUUAAACUAGUUUUC